AUCCUGGAAACUAAAACAGUCCCGAAAGACAGACAGCUGCUCACACCAGCCGAGACACCUCCGGAAGACCACCCGAGCACACAGUGAAACCGCACCUUCACACCGGGGCUGAGCGAGCCGACCGUCCGGUGCUGCUGACGUCGCCUGUCGGUUUAAAAAAAAAAAAAAAAAAAGGACAGAAAAAAGCGGAGGGGGGGACACUGCUGCUGCUGCCUGUCUGUGGACCUACACUGCAACGCAUCUGCGCAGCAAACAGCAACGAAGAAAGGCUGAUAAAAAAAACCGAACAUCGCAUCAGUGUUUCUAAAAAUGCCGUUUUCCGUUAACGGCAUCCUUUGCACGCUCGCGCUGCUGCUCCUGUGGCGGGCGGAGGAGCUCGCGGAGGCGUGCAGCUGCGCUCCGGUACAUCCGCAACAGGCGUUCUGCAACGCCGAUGUAGUGAUCCGAGCAAAGGUGGUGGGGGAGAGAGAGGUGGAUUCUGGGAAUGAUAUCUAUGGAAACCCCAUCAAGAGGAUCCAGUAUGAUGUCAAACAGAUCAAGAUGUUCAAGGGGCCUAACGAGGACAUCGAGGCUGUCUUCACUGCUCCUGUGUCAGCAGUCUGUGGAGUAACCCUGGACGCCAACGGCAAGAAGGAGUACUUGAUCUCAGGCAAGGCCGAGGCUGGCGGGCGCAUGCAUGUGACCCUGUGUGAUUACAUCAUGCUCUGGGACUCAUUGAGCAACACCCAGAAGAAGGGCCUUAGCCAGCGCUACCAGAUGGGCUGUGAAUGCAAGAUUGUGCGCUGUCCCUCUUUGCCCUGUGAGAUCUCCGCUCCGGAGGAGUGUCUGUGGACGGACCUGAUGAUUGAGAAGCAGGUCCACGGACGCCAGGCCAACCACUACGCCUGCAUCAAGAGGGCAGACAACUCCUGCUCCUGGUACCGCGGCGUCGCAUCGCCCAAGAAGGAGUUCCUGGAUGGCGAGGAGCCUUAGUCACGUGGCACACCUGAUUGCCCACUGCACAGCCUGGUGAAAAUAAAUGUAAACAAUUCCAUUGAAAUUUAAGAUAAUGACAUCAGGCAAAGUUAUUUUUGAUUUUAAAAAAAAUAAAGGCAAAGCUAAUGUGACUAAAAUUAACCUGCUGGUCUGAAAACAAUCUUCAGCCUCUGUUGUUGUUUGUUGUCGGUAAGCGUUUCAGUCAGAGAAAGCUUUCAACCUCAGCAUUGCUCGACAUUAACUGAUUCUGAAGAGGCUCAGAGGUUGUUCUCAGACACAGCGUCUGUAAAAACUAAUAAAAUGGCAUCAUGAGACAUAGACUGGUCAAGUGAUGAUGUAACUUCCUCCUGAGGCUGGCGUCAGGAGGAUAUAAAUCCUCGGUGAGACAGAGCACUUCCUGCCCCACAAAGCUCUUUAACAGCUCUGCUCUCCGACUGCACCAAUCAACCCCCCGAUCUACGGACGAUCAUUCGUUACCCAUCGUGUUUCUACUUUUAUUACCUCAUUCUCCAUUUUCUUCCAAAGUCAAAUUCCAAGUUGCCUUUUUUUAAAUGAUUGUCUCCCUCUCUCCGAAACACUAUUAGUUACUGCUUCUCUCAUCUUCUCUGCUGGGAGCUGUUUGGCCACUGGUGAUGUCGGACGCUCACAACACGCUUUAACUUUCCUUUUAAAAAGAACAUGAGUCAUCUCGCAUGACCGAUCUCUUCUGGUUUUGUUAGGUUCAAAAUCUUUUUCUUGUGGCGAUUUUAACUGAAGCCUGUGACCGUCGCAGGCCUCACUGGACCAGUCUAUGCUGUGUAAAGAUGAGCGCUCUAAAUUUAAAACCUGCUCGUGAGGUAAAAAAAACAACAACACAGAAACAAAUCAAGAAACGUCCCAAAUUUCUUCCUCAUCUCAUCUUCAUCUCUCUCCCUUGUUAUCCCCACUAUGUAGCUGUACAGUACCUAUGCAUAUACUUUUGUUGUUACUUGAUGAUUAUUAUUUACUGCAUUAGAACUAGAUUUGCACUUUUUGAGGAUGAGUUACAGUAAAGACAAGAGCCUGAACACUCUGAUGUGACAGUUAUUAUCGUUCGCCCAGACCGACAGAUCCACCUCAGGUGCAGAUAGAUUUUGCCUAUUUUGAGUGCUUUUGGUGGUCCAUAUUCACAAAAUGAAAGCUUAUUCUUGCUAUCUUUUGUCAUAACAGAUAAAAUAGUACUCGCAACGAAAGGAGAAAAAAAAGUGGCGUGUGAGAGGUUUUGGAUAAAAGGGAUCUUUUAUGUGUGAAAGGGAAACAAAAAGAGCUUGUGGGAUGUUAUUUCAGUGUCUUUGUAUUAUCUGUUGAUUGUAAAUGCCAACAGCAGUUUCAUGAUUUGCCAAUAUAUUCUCGCAGAUGGUUCAUUUCAUGAGUAAUAAGGUCUUUUACAUGCUUAACGUUAGCUUUGACUCGUCUUUCUUCUUCCAGUUAUUAAUGAAAGCUUUAUCGCUGUCAUAGAAAGCAAGUUACUCAAUCAAGGUUUACAGUGCUGUUUUAUACACCUCAAACUGCAUUAACAAAAAAAUAUAUAUAUGAUGGAGUAUUAGAGGCAUAAUUUAAAAGUAAACUCUUUCCAUUUUCCAUUACUUUGUAUUUUUUCAGUGUUAUUAUUAUACCUGUCAUGAUUUUUGUGUGUUUUCGCUGUCUUUGUCUACGAUGUCUUUAGCUGUAGUGUCGAGUUGAGAAGGUCCUCUUGCGCUGGAGUAACGUGAGAGUGAGAGAGAUUAAUCCUUUUUGGAGAGGUGUAGAGAAAUGAGAAAUGGGUACCUUGUGUGAAUAGAGGACUGUGCAUGUUUUUGAUGCUUUGUGUAAGUCCGGGCGAAGGACAAAAUAUUCAGUAUUAUCAAAUAAAAAACACACGUUUGAAAGAAUAAA